GAAAUAGAAAGAAAAUAGACACUAAACUAUGCUAUCAUAUGAAUGAAUAAGCAGUUCCAUCACCAAUGCCAUGUACUAGGUUUUGCUUAGAACGUUCAGAGCUCCAUGGACACGGCAUAUUCGUUGAAAUUUGUGAGACAGAGGGUAGUGCUUUUGAAAAUGGUGUCAGGGGGUCUUAUACUCCUGCUUUUACUUGGGCUCUCAGCCGCUGCAACAGAGACGGGAACUGAAGUCUGUCCACUGAAACUAAAGGAGCUGAACUUGUUUCCAUGGAUGUUCAAACGAUGCAACGGGCAGGGCGCGAUCACGAGCCAUUGUUGCGAGGCCAUAAAGGAUCUCAUCAAAAUCCUGCUUUUUUCAUGGCUCCAGUCCAGCGGCCAUUUCCUGCUGCCCGACAACCCCACGGCUGAACUGUGCUUGGCCGCUGUCUUUAAUCACUUGUCAGAACAGGGGAUCGACAAAGAGGAAGCCAUGGGUUGCGGGAUCAAAGCAGAGGUCUUGGUCACUACUUCGAAUUCCUGCAACGGAAUCGACAGCCUGAAGGCAUUUGAAAUGGUAGUCGACACGAACGCCAUGCGGACAAACUGCAACGGGUCGCAGAGUGGAGUAUUCAAGUGCAACAAGUGCAUACAGUCCAUGGCUCUGGCGCUGAACCAGUUGAACAAACAGCACCCGGGGGCCGGCAAAUCGGACUGCGCGCUCUUUGUAACGAUGUACGUCGGGGGGGCAGUGAACUCCUUUCAGGAUUUGGGGCCCGAUGCGCUGUAUUGCCUGAUGGGUGCGAUCAAUUUGCCGGCAAUUGCACCGACGGCGUCCCUGUGGCCGGACACCCGGGGCGUUCAGCCCCGUAAACCCGACUGGUCCGAGACAAAAAUAGGCGUACUGGUGGCCGUUCCAGUGGUUGCGACGGUUCUGUUGGGGCUGCUUUUCUACGGGUGUUUGCAGUGGAGUAAAGCGUACAGAGUGGGCAUGCGGCGGAUAAAGCUAUGGCGGCAGCAUCAGCUCCUGAGGGAAAGCGUGGACGCCGGAACGGGGCUCGUUGUUUUCGGGCUCGAGCAGAUAAAGUCCGCCACCGGGAACUUCUCCUCCUCUAAUGUUAUCGGUGAAGGAGGGUUCAGCACGAUUUACAGAGGCACCCUGCCCGACGGGUCCCAAAUUGCCGUGAAGCGGUUCAAGGACUUCACGACCCGAGGCGAUGCCGACCUGCGCCACGAAGUCCAUGUGAUCAGUAGUGUGAAGCACCGAAACUUGUUGCCCCUCAAGGGCUACUGCAUUGGCAGCAGCAACGACCACGAUGGUGGGUCACAUGCCCAACUUCUGGUCUACGAUUUCAUGGCCAACGGUAGCCUGGCGGACUACCUUUUCCGGAACAAGCGUUGCUUGAGCUGGCCCGAGAGGCACAAAAUAGCUGUGGGGAUUGCGAGAGGUCUGGCCUAUUUGCACGAGGAUGCCAAGCCGGCUAUUCUUCAUAGGGAUGUUAAGACGGCCAAUGUUUUGCUUGACAAGGACCUGAACGCGCUCGUUGCUGAUUUUGGAUUGGCCAAGUUUAAGCCCGAUGACCACGAUGACAAGACGCACUACACCACGCGGGCCGUGGGCACCCUGGGCUACGUUGCCCCCGAAUAUGCGCUCUAUGGGCACUUGACUGACAAGAGCGACGUUUUUAGUUUUGGGAUUGUGGUGCUGGAGCUCAUGAGUGGUCGAAGGGCUCUGGCGAAUGUGAAGGCGGAGCACAUUCAUAUUUCUGACUGGGCUUGUGAUCUGGUGAAUAAGGGCUUGUCGGAGGAGGUGAUCGACAAGGGGAUUUGGGGCUCUGGGCCGAGAGAGAGCAUGGAGAGGGCCCUUUUGCUCGCGCUCCAGUGUGCGCAUCCAAAAGUGUCUUGCAGGCCUUCCAUUUCGCAGGCCCAGACUAUUUUGGAAGAGAUUGAUCGCCCGCAUUGUGUUGCGGGCGAUAGUACGGAACAGCUCAAGUGGCUCCUCUCUCCUGAUAUUGAAGGGAGAGUUUCUUAUGGAAAUGCCACGCUUGGGGACAUUUCCAUGGAUUCUUACUGCGAGGGAAGAUAGAAGAGGAUGAGGAUUGUGUUAUUUUAUGAUUGGAUGUGUGAUUUAGAUGAGUCAUUUGUGUAUAAUUCAUAAAAUUAAUUUGAAAUUGGUUUUGGAUUAGACUAUGUAAUUUACUUAAUACUGUUUCAAAACACGUUCCAUGAUCCAUCAUAAUGAACAUUUUUUUCCAAAUUAGUUAUGUUGUUCA